AUUCGACUGAAACAUUUCAGGGGAAUUUUUGUCAUUGGCCCUUUAAUUAGAAUAUAUCGUGGGAAGAUCGUUUCUAAGAAGUAUUCGAAGUAAAAUAUUCAGCUACGAUAAUGCCCGGCAUAAAGAUCACUGAUGAUGAUCGAAAGAGCCUGGAACAGGCAUUCUUCUGUACUCUGUGUAAAGAUCUGCUGGCAAAUCCUUUUCAGACCUACUGUGGGCAUUUGAUUUGUGAAACUUGUGUUCACACAUUAAUGGGUUGUUCUAACCCAAAAUGCCCAGAGGAUGGAAAACAACUCAAGAAGGAAGAACUGUUUCCGGAUUAUUUUAUUCAACGCAAGCUGCAAGAGUUGAUCUUUCACUGUCUCGAUGCUAGCUGUGGCUGGUCUGGAUGUUAUAAUAAACUUCAAGAUCAUACAAGUACAAUGUGUGAGAGUGUUCUUGCAAUUUGCAAAUUCGAAUCAUCGAGAAGGGAUAUUGAGCGACAAAAGGUUGUGUGUGAAGUGAUCACAGGAGAAUACGAUUUUUUUUCUAUGGACAACGAUGAGACACGGAACGGUACCUUGGUGUGGAAGAUUGAGGGCUAUGAGAGGAAGCGAGAGGAUGCCAUCAAUGGAAGAAAGACCAUAUUGUACAGUCCACACUUCUACAGCGCUCAGUUUGGCUACAAAAUGUGCGCAAAAAUCUACUUUAACGGCAAUGGAUUAGGGAAAAUGUCUCAUUUAUCGUUGUUUAUUGUUGUGAUGCGAGGUGAGCACGACGAACGCCAAUCUUGGCCAUUUGAGAAAAAAAUUACUCUGAUGUUAAUGAAUCAAGGUGAUGGUGAUCACGUCGUUGAUACAUUUCAUGCUGAUCCAGAAAGCUCAUCAUUUCAACGUCCUGAGUCUGAUAUGAAUGUUGGAUCAGGAUAUCCAUUGUUCAUGCCUAUUGAUUGUUUAAAGCAUCGUCAACAUGUAAAGAAAGAUGUGAUGAUCAUCAAGAUCAUCGUGGAAUAGCUGUGAAUUGGGGAGUGUAUUAAAAUAGUCGACCUUUUGAAAUUAACCUAGCUGAAAUUAACUAAGCUGCAUUUUAUGCCCCUUAAGGCUGGUUUUCUUUAUCUCACCGACAUUUAUUGAUGAAUGAAAUAUUUUGCCAUAUUGAAAACAGUUUUUCGUCUUCAGUCAGCAACAAUUCAUCGGUUAGACUGGAUAAAGUCCGGUUCUCAUGCAUGCAGUAGAUCACUGAUAGUCAGUGAUGCCUAUCGUCGGUGAUUACUGCAUGAAUAUAUGAUGAGAACCAGGUUUAAUCAACAAAGCUUCAUUUCAAUUAGCCUUAAGCACCAACUAUACGUUCAUUGUACCGCGUGAACGCACGUUGAGCCAAAAAACGUAUAACAAUUAGGUUAAUUUCACAAGGUCUACUAUAAAUUGAUACACUCUCUGGCUAUAAUACCUAUAUCCUUCAAAAAAGGCCUAUUCUUAAAACUUAGGUUAGCCAAAAGUAUUUUGAUUUAAUGGCUAGCGCUUGCCAGACAAAUUCCAAGUUAGAAUUUCAAAGACUAGCCUUUUUAGGGUGUCCCCCCAAACUAUUGAAAUAAACUAUUGUUAGAUUUUGAAUGCUCUGAACUCACGAGUGGACAAAUCAUUAUUUUCAUUUACACCCGACAAAAAAACUAAAAUCUACGGGCGUGUAUUCUAAA